UAUCCUCAUGGUCAUGGACAGUUAACAAAUAAAGGAAAGCAACGGGUUUAUGAACUAGGUAUCUACAUUCGUGAACAGUAUGGUCAAUUUCUGGGGAAUAUAUACUAUCCAAAGGUCGUAUUUGCGCGCAGUACUUAUUAUGACAGAACGAAAAUGUCUCUUCAAUUAGUGAUGGCGGGUAUCUUUCCCCCUGCUCUCGAACAAAAGUGGAAUUUAGAACUAAAUUGGCAGCCCGUUGUGGUGAAUUAUGUACCACCUGGUAACGAUUCCCUCAUGCUCUUCUACAGGUUCUCGAAGUUUAAAGAGGAGUACGACACCGUGAAGAGGCUCCCCGGAGUUCGAAAAGAAAUUGAAAAAUUCAGUGACUUUGGGAAAAAUCUUUCCGAAUGGACCGGUGCUUCAAUCACUGAUAUUGAACAUUUCAACUUUAUUUAUCAUAGUUUAGCGUCGCUACAUUCUAUGGAGCUUGAUCUUCCUACCUGGACUUCUGGAAUUUUUCCCCAUGGUGCAUUAUUAAAUGCUACCGUUCUAGAUUAUCGAUUGCUGAAUUACAACAGGAAACUGAGAUGUUUGAGCGGUGGUGACUAUAGAAAAAUUAUGAAUACAGAUUAUGUUCACUUUUUUCAAUAUUUACAUUCGAUAAUUCAUGUCAAAUCAUUUCGAAACUCAAAGUUGAACUUUCCACAUGAUUUUUUGUAUGAUCAUAAGGAAGAUUGCUUGCUCUUGCUCAUUUCAGGAGUGAUUUUGAAGAAAUUUAUAGAUAAUAUGUUAGCUGUUGCUAAAAAAGAUGGAGACUCGGAAUUCAAAAUGGAAUUACUAGGUGGCCACGACUUAAAUAUCGUUUCGAUGUUAAAAAUUCUCGAUGUCUAUCAAGCUCAUGUGCCAGAAUAUUCCAGCGCCAUUUUUGUAGAAUUACUGGCGGAUAACGAUAGAUAUUUUGUCAACAUUCAUUAUUACUUGGGGAUGCCACCGAUCAGAACAUCGAUAGAAAUACCCGGUUGUGGAGAACUAUGGCCUCUGGGAACGUUCGUGAAAUUGUUCAAUGAUUCGCUGCCUACGGCGGAAAACAUAUGUUGAAAGUGAUAGUCACAUUUCUAUUCAAACGUUUUAUUUUUUAUUAAUUGAUUAUUCGGCCAUAAUGCGAUAAUUAAUACGAUAAUACAUAAUACGAUAAUUGGUUGAAUUGCCUCAAGAAGGUUAGGCGGAGUUUAUUAGAGUGACUUGAUCCACAAUACAGCGGACUAUCAUUAUUGCCGUAGGGUUAGGUUAGGUUUGGUUGGCGCAUACGUGGGUUCGAAAAAGUGACUCUCAUGUAACUUAUAUAGAACUUAUAAUAGUAUUACCAUAUCAUAUCGUUGAGUGGCGUAGUCGGUAGCGUGGUUGAGUUAGUAACCCAGGCACAUGAUACCGAGGACUGAAUUCGAAUCAGAGAUAGUCACCUCCAUUAAUUAUAAUUACUGUUAAAUUAGUAAGUAGUCAGUUAUACUGUUAAAAUAACUUGACUGAAUUUCCAGAAAAAACACCUGAAAUCCAAUUUAAGGGGAAAAAAUCAA